AUGGUCGCAGACGUGGACGAGACAUCACCUCUCAACCCUUCCGCCCGCGAGAAUCAGGAUGGAGGAGCAUCUUACCAAAGUAUCGCCAAGGUCGCAGACUCGGCUGGGGAUGUGGCUGGCGAUGAAGAGAGCGCGACACGCUCUUCGUCGGCCGCAGACCUAGGCGCCGUGCAGACAAUGACCGGUGUCCGGACCAUCGUGGCCGUGCUGUUGGUUGGUGUGUUGAUGGUACCAUCGGCUUUUGCCUGCGCUAUAACUAACAUGUCGCAGGAGAGUUUAUAUCCAACGCAGACAGCACGCUGGUCAUGGCUACGACGGGCAAGAUUUCCUCGGAGUUCAAUCGAUUACAAGAUGCUAGCUGGCUCUCGACCGCCUACACGCUGGGGGUGUGUGCCGCACAGCCAAUGGCAAGUUGUGACUCUUUACUCCUUUGAAGGAAGCUAUAUACUGACGCAAUUGCAGUACGGGAAAUUGAGCGACAUAUACGGGCGGAAGCCUUUGCUGCUGGUUGCCUACGCUCUGUUUGCCGCGGGCUGCUUGAUAUCGUGGGUGACCCGGUGA